UGUCAGCGAUACCAUCUCACAAUCAGUUAGCGCGACACAGGCCACCAUGAACUACAACUGGUUUGGCGUCGCCUUCGUCAUCCUGGCAGUCACCAUUACAGAUGGUGAAGCUAGGAAAGGUCGAGGGAGAACUCGAGCUAAGAGCAGGGUAAUUGGAAUGCCCAUCACCGGCAAAUACCGAGAUCCAGAGUCUGACUUGUACUACAACAAUAACGAUGCAACAAAAAUUACUUUGGCUUCCCAUUUUGAUUAUGAAUAUGUGCUCGGGCACAAAAUUGUUUUUGUCUGCAUUGCCAAAGGAAAACCAAGGCCGCAGAUCACUUGGUACAAAGACGGCGUCGAGCUGUACGCCCAUUCAUUUUUCCACGUCCACGAGUGGAAAAUCGACAAGGACAAAAUGAAGUCCAAGUUGGAAAUCGAUCCGGCCACGCAGAUGGACGCCGGCAUCUACGAAUGCAACGCCGACAACAUGUUCUCGAUUGACAGGCGCAGUUUCAAAACAGACUUCAGCAUAAUCUUUGACUAGAUUUGCAAGGGGCAAUCCUUUAGCAACAGCACACGCGUAUUAUGCACUCAUGUAUCACAGCAAUGAAAGAUAUAAAACAGCGAAUCCAUUCAUUUAACUACUCUCUUCCUGCCCAGCCCGCAUUGCAAAAGUACAACCGACGCUUCGCUCAAGUACCGCUGCUCCUUUUUUCAAUAAAUAUUGAAUUUAUCUUCAACUCUGAAAACUUUGUGCAUUUUAAAUCAGUUCUAAACUAAUUUGUGCCAUAGAAAAAUAUUAUUCCGCUAAUUAAAAAAAAAAUCUUGAGGAAUUUCAAUUCACCCUUCAAGGUCAAUCAACUUGAGGGGCCCGGACACCCAUAAGCACUCUAUUCUAUUAACGACUAUAGCCUUGGCCCAUGUGUUACGUAACAACAAUGUACUACAAAAGCAAUGUGCAAAUUUAUCAUUUUCAUUUCAACUCACUUGCGCUCGCCUUCAACGAUUUGCAGAUAAUCGGCCGACCGUGCGUAAUAGCCGUCCGAGUUCAGGGCCCCCCAGAAGUUGGACCAAGCUUUGCCUGGUCUGGUCAGAA